UAGCAGAAACCCCAUUAUCUCAUAUUAGGAGCAUAUCUCAUAAUAGGGGAUUCUCCUCUAUAUUUCUAUUUCUCUAUCGCGAUUUCAAGAAUAAAAGCUUUAUUCUCGGCGGAAAGUAAAUUUAUCAUUUGUCAAGAGAAUUCAGAGAAAACAAUAUUUAGGUCAAUAUUUGUUUUUAUAAAAUCCCAAAUCAAGCCGAAAACAUAUUCACGAAUAAAAUCGAAUAAUUCAAAUUGUCAGUCAAAUUUCAUGAAAAAACCUCUCCUUGUUUUAAAUAAAUCGCCCAAUAAAUAAGAAAUUCAUUUAAAUCGUCUCGAGACAAUAUUUGUCAUUGAACAUCGAGUGCGACCGUUUUGUUCAAUGGUAUCUGAAAAAUAUUGACAAACCAUCAAAAAAUUGAAAAGCUGCAAGUCACAAAACGGCAUCCGCGCGUUCAAACUCGGUAGAUUCAUUUUAUUGAGUUGUAACAUGUUCGUCCCAUUUGUUUGUUAGUGUUUUUACCUCGGUUUUUACUAACGAAUAGUUGUACAACCUACAUCAUUAAAAACACUAAAAUAAACAAGACGAAUAGACAUAUACAAUCCAAUAUUUCAUUACCAGGCUCAUUAACAUUUUACUACCAUCCGCGCGAUCGCGGCUGAUUCUCACGAAAUCGCGAAAGCCGUCGAACAUCGAUAAGUACGUGAAACACGAUAAGUACGCGGGUGCGUGAAACACGCUGGUUCGAAUAUGGGCUAUGGAUAUGGAACGACGACGACGAGUUCUGCGACAUCCUCGAAUGCCAUCGUCCGGAGGCAUCGCGCGCGUGCACACGUCCGCGCAUCGUGACGAAGCGAAGCGAUACACGUGUACUUCGUUAAAUAAUGCAUCCGUCGUCUUUUCUGUCAUUCACGUGGCGAUACGUAUACGUGGACGUACGUCGUCGCGCCUCCGCUGCCGCGGUAACCACCGGGAUGACUUUUCCGUUCUAUAGCCGCAAUCGCCCCCGUCGCUACCAACUCGUUCCCAUUCCGAGGUGAUCGUCGCCGCCGGUGCGCUUCGCACGCUCGCACCGCGGUCUCGUCGCGAAGGCUAACGAGUUGCCUUUUUCUUCUGUUUUCGUACGGCCGAGCUGAAUUCUCGCCCCGGGUGCCACGGCGAGAGCACAUCCUCGCCGGGAUAGAUCCCCGUGCGUGCGUUUCCACUGCCUAUCUCGAUUACCCCAUGGCGAGGUAGCGCGGUGCAGCCGACUCUCUCCUCUCCGACGAGCAAGGUAAAUCCGCGAUCGUUUGGUGGAAGGCGCGAUCGGAAAGCAGAAAGCGGAUAUCGGCGCGGGGCCAGCUAUACGCUUCGCCUUUUUGCGGGAUUAUUUUCUGCUCACCAUCGUGCGUCGCUCUUUAGAUUUCUUGUGGUACUGUGCGUACGUGUGUGCUUUCUUAAGAGUGUAUCGCAGGUAUGUGUGUUAGGAUGAUUAAUCGAAAAAUGUUUAAAGUCGUCAGUGACGCUACGCGAUCGCGCUGGCUAUAUGGCAAUUUAAAAUCGUGCUUGUUCAUCCUUCAUCAGAUCAUCAGAUUAAAGUGUUUCCUGUUUAGAGUGCAUUCUUUUAUAAAAUCACGAGCGAUUGUAGUGGCUGUGAUAGCAAUUUAAAAUCGUACUUGUUCAUCCUUCAUCAGAUCAUCAGAUUAAAAGAAAUUUUAUCAGAUUAAAGUGUUUCCUGUUUAGAGUGCAUUCUUUUAUAAAAUCACGGAGCGAUUGUAUGAAAAACUUCAUUUUCAGUUUACUAAUGUAAUACGUGAUAGUCUGAACUAUAAAAGAGAAGGAUUUUGUACAGCCAUUCUAAAUUAAGUAUUUCCGCUUUGAAAUAUGAAUUGUCGUAUUCAAGAUCUCUCGUUUCUCAAUAAAAAUGUAAUUGUUUGGUUAGGAAGGAAAACGUUUUCCUUCUAAUGACAAAAUUCCGAGCGACACAUUCCCUCAGAGAUAUCGUCGUGUCUAAUUUUGAGCACAUGUUGCAUAUCUUAUCCGAACAAAGAAGAUGAAAAGAAAAAGGCAAUGAAUUGAUUAUUAAAUUAAUAGACGAUGUCAUCAUGAUCAUACUGCUGAUAUCUUUUCUAAAGACGUUAAAUUAAUACAGUCAAGUAUAUUAUUUCCUUCACGAGACUUUUUAUACGAUGGCAGAACAUGGGAGGCUUUAAUCUGCAAGUCACGGAACAGGAUUAAUUGUACCCUGUCGCAACGUAUUGAUUUUAUCGAGCGGGUGAUUAAGUUUCGAUACCCACAAACAUAUAGCGUGACGUAGUCAGCUUUGCUGGCGACUAACAUAAGGGAGAUUUCCCAAUCUAUGGAAUGAGAACUAUUGCAUGAGGAAACGUUGGUCAUACACCUAUACAUCCGUCCCUUUAACUCCAAGUCAUAGAGAGAGAGAGAGAGAGAAGGAAAGAAAGAGAUUAGUCGUUCCCUUUUCUCGAGGUAUUGAUUUUAUCGAGCAAAUGAUUCAUUUACCAUUACCGUGACGUAACACGUUGCAGUCAUAUUUUCCCCGUGUCGAGAUGUCGGCAUUCCUACCGCGAUUUUUAACUGUGAUGUCAUUUCCUCCGAGCUAAGAGCGCAAAUAUUUUACAACGGAUUUCGGUUUGUAAGAACCCGGGCGGCAUUAGCUGUCCUUAUUUCACAUUGACAUUGAUUGAAUCAAGCGAAUCAUAUUUCUCAGUAAAUUUAAUAAAAGUGGAUUAAGUAUGACGGAGUAGAAAUAAUAGUCGCGCUGCGAUGGAAUCGCAACACAUUGCUGCGAUUAAUAUCAAAUCGAGUUAAAUAACAAGCAAUUUAAUCAUUUUCUUUUUUCUUUAUUUAUUUUUUUAUUUGUUUUGGGUUAAAUAAAUUUACUUAUCCGUUUUUCUUAUUUGCCUCUCGAGUUAAUUAUCUCACUUUGCACUUUUGUGUAUUCUUUUCGAUCUACUUAUUUAAUCCAACUCUUUAUUUCGACGUAAAAGGAAUUUACGUCGAAUUAUAUGUUAUAUGCUAUAACUUUAUUAUAGAAUAUUAUAUUAUCGAAUUUCCAUUAAUACUCCAUUUAAUUAAUUUAAUAAUGAACACACAUGCAUUGCAGUAUUGCCACAAAUUAUUAAUGCCUUUUCAAUAUACAAUUUUAUAUAUUAUCUUUCGUAUUGUCUUUUGCCUAAAGCACUCUUGCGUCGGGGUAAAUAAACCAGCUCAUCUACUUAUCUUAUCUAUCUAUACAUUACUUUAUCCAUCAUCUUUUUCCAUCCCCACUAUACAUGGCUUUAUCGUCGAAGGACACGUGGUUCGUGCUACUUUAUGCUACUUACGUACCGAUCUACUUUUAAUGUUCGCGCGAUGUCACUCACGUUUACUACCUCGUCGAGGUACGAUCAUUUAUUUUUUCACAUACAUCUCUCUUUUUGACAAUAUUUUAUUAAUAUAUAAACUGUAUUUUAUUAUUGCUGCAUAUAUUUUUACGCUGACUUUCAUACUUUAUAAGCGUCGCGUAGAAACAAAUUCAACGGUAUUAUUGAUUAACUCGACACAAAGAGAUGUGUGCAAAUAUAAAAAUAUAUAUAAAAAAAGAUAAUACUAUGGUUUAAUCUCGUAUUAUUUCGAAAUGGUUACAUUUAUUGAGAAAAUCCAUAAUGCACUUUGCUAAUUGCAUUCUAUAUUCUAUAUUUGUUUACCGGUCAUUCGGUUAAUAAACUGUAUAACGUUAUAUGGCAAUGAUGUUAUACACAAGAUGACAGCGAAUUGUUUGAGUUUCAUUUAAGUGCAUUGAUAUGAAACAGCGAAUACAUCGGAUACAUAGUCCGCGGCUCAAACGCGCAAGAUAUUGAUUCUGCAAGAAUGUUGCGUUAAUGGAUUUUCAAUUAUAUAUGUCUCAUGACUUCUGACUAUCAAGAAAUAAGAUGUCUCACUGAAUCUUCCCGUUCUCUCUCUCCCUCUCUCUCCGAAGUUCGCAAUGAAGCGUGUAAUAUCUUAACGCAGUUUAAUGAAAAUAUGCGUGUAUUUUCCAGGAUGCAGGAACCGGCAUUCCCGCGCCGAAAAGGGAUCGUCGCCCCAGUGCCGGUGUCGGUGUUGGUGCUGCUGAUACUACGAUUGGUCGAUUUACCCUCCACAAACGGAUCCUGUGAGUUUCCAUCGAGCUGGACGGGAGAAUGGUACCAAUAUGGCAAGCCCGUAUUCAGCAUAAAUACGACAGUUCUGGGGGAUAGAGUAUGCAUCGAGAGGACGGACGACAAAUACGUCGUAUACGGCGACAACUGUUACCACUGCAUGAUCAUCAACGGACGACAUGAGAACGUCAUACAAUAUCGUGAAGGUUGGUGCAGCACGGACCGAACGAGUCUGGAGGAGACAUGUGGUUCGAUCACGUCGGAUGACAUGCUGUUCUCAAUGUUCCGCAUGAACACGAAGCCGAUACCCUGCCCGUUCAGCGGGGCAUCGUUCACGUUCACGUACAAUCGGGGUUACGGCGAGUGCGCGAUGCCCAUAAGCCUCGCGGAGAAGUGUACCGACGAGAGCAAGCUGCUCCUCAAAUACCAGGCCUGUCCGGACGUCGAGGGGACCGAGAGUAACACCGAGGAGCUACAGUGUCUUGCCAAUUGGAACGACGGUCGGAACAAGUAUCUGGUGGGAACUUUGAAGGGGAGGAGCGCUCUGGCCAACGACAAGACUUACAGGUGUUUCCUGUACGAAGAGAAGCCCCACCAUCAAGGAAAGAUUUACCUGCUCGCUCAGUCCGGCGACCCGACUUGCAACGGCCUGACCACCGUCUCCGAGGGUUCGCCCACCAUAAAGCUCACAAAAGUCGACAAAGAGCACAGCAGAUGCAAGUAUCCGACCUGGGUAACUCAGCAUCACGACUGGCACUCCCUCGACGGCACGAAGGAUUAUCACUUCACGAACAAGAACGCCACGUUGAAGGUGAAGGCACAAGCGCAGGACGGCGAGACCGUCCACGAGGAGAAGAUCGUUUGUCACAACCUGGAGAAGCUGUAUCCGAACGACAACAUGCAGGGGAAUAAAGUGAAACUGGUCGCUCAUGUCACCAGCGGCUGCGACAUCGGUUACGUCUGCAUGAUAUUCCACAGAAGGGACAGCCAUAUCAUCGAGAUACAGCAGUCAGGUCAAAAGGCGAUUAUGCCAGACGAGGCGUGUUCCAUCUCGGAUCCUUCGACGAUGCCGCACACGACCCUAAUAACCACGUCGUUCUUGCAUCAAAGACGGUGUCCUAAUCCGGGACGGUACCAGAUCCUGGAUUUCGCUCCGGCGCACGCGUUAUCGGCCGCUACGUCGAGACGACAUCGACGUAGCGAGCAAUCGAGGACGACCAAGAGGCGGCCUUGGCAGGACAAUGCCGAGGACGAGGAGUGCAGGAACACGGAUAUUCAAGUGGGCUGCACGUCGUCCGAACAAAGCGAGAUGAUAAUCGCCAACACGUGCGAGAACGAGGAGAUAGCGUAUUUUUGUCACGGCAGCUGGGAGGAGAAAGGCGUAUGGUAUACUAUAGCAUCGCUACGUAAUCCAGAAGUACCGGUUGGUACGGGAGAGACGUUCUGUUUCUCCAUGCGCCUCGAAGGCGCGAGGGAUAGAACGUUGACAAGGGGCGGCAGACAGAAGCAACAGGAACAAGAGUUGUGGCUGUCGAGGCCGUCGCGUACUUGUCAGAGAGAAGCCAAGGAUGAGUGGACGUAUAGAUUGUCGAAUCAAGGAGUGUGCGAAGACUUAACGAAGGCAGCUUCGAGCGCGGCGUCUACCACAUUACCGUCGCAGCUCCUGUUUACCUUAAGCGUAGCAGCGUACGCCGCUAUUAAUACGCUAUGCGCAUUACUCUCGAGAUGAUCUGCAGCUAUUAUGUAAGGGAAGUCGGGGGACACUGUAAUUUCCAGCACGAAUUCUCAGGUAUCGCGUGUUACUGGAAGUGUAUAUAGCUCACACACAUACAUACAUAACACACAUACUCGUACGCACACGGUAAUCUGAUGGCUGCCGAUCGAUCGACGAGCUGUCGAUGUGCAAGAACGACGUGGGAAGCGUGCAGCUUAACGGCCAUUAUCGACAAUAUUAUAAUUUCCGUUCCGUUGAAGCAGCAGCCUAAUUACGCGAAUCGGCGAUUACGAUUGUUUCCAAUCGGAGGCGGAGUGGUCUGCCCACCUCGCGCGAGCAAUUAUUAUACAGUUAUUUCUUACGACGUUUAUUACUUUCGCAACGACUUAUCGUCGCACUGGAACUUUGCGUUCCGAACGUGCGACCAAGCUCUACGUAGAUCACCGGUGUCUCCGAUACAUUGCCUGCAUUGCGUAUCGUUAGUUUUGUGUAAUUAUACUGAAUUGUUGACUGAUCAUAACGGAUUACGAUGUUUCCGUUGCGCAAAUAAUUUCGCGAAUCAACGGGGAAUCGGGAAAUCAUAGCCGGGACUAGGCAAGCUACAAAUAUGUAUUCCAAAUACAAAAAUCUCUCUUUGAAAAAUAUAUUUCGAACGCUGAGACACUCUUGGGAAAAUUUGCUUAAAAAUAAAAAACAA